GAGGCGCCGCGGUCAGUGGGCGGUAUAACCAUAAGUGGGCGGGGCGGAGCAGGAAGUGAGUACUCGCUAGGCCGGGCCCAGGUAGCGGCUGCAGUGAGGAGGUGCCAGUCUCUCCCAGGCUGCAGUGCGCACCAGCGGGAGGAGGAGGAGGAGAGAGGAAAGAGCAGUCGGGCCGCCGCCGCCGUUCCCCUCGCCAUGUUGCAGUGAGUGCGGCUCCUCAGCACCCCAGUGUCCGUGCGUGCGGCCCGGGCUCGGCUCUGGAGUAGUGUCCCCAUGUGGAAUGAACGUUCCAUGUGUCGUAGGUAUGAAUGAAGUGGCCUGGCAGGAGACCAGAGGAAUAAUGCAUGCGAGCAGUGGUCAGGAAGCCCUUGGGGUUGGAGUAGGGAUGGUCCCAUCUGGAGCGGCGUCGGCAGGGCAAGCCCAUGGAAAUAACCCAAAUGCCAUGCCUCCGGGUGCUGCCAGUGCCCAGGUGCCGCUGAGCGGCCGCUCUCAGGACGAUGCCACAGUGGGAUAUUUCUUCCAGAGGCAGGCUGGAGAGCAGCUCAACGGGUACGCCAAUAAGCACCGCUGGCCUACAGGAGAUAGCAUAGAUGCUGCGGUGAGGUCUGUGGAUGAAAUGAAUCAUGACUUCCAGGCUCUGGCAUUAGAAUCUCGUGGAAUGGGCGAGCUUUUACCUGCCAAAAAGUUUUGGGAACAUGAAGACCCUGCAAAAGAUGGACAGAAAGGGAUGUUCCUCGCUGAUGAAUGGAGAGAGAAUACAUGGGGGGCCUCUCACCAUUCCAUGUCCCAGCCUAUUAUGGUGCAGAGAAGACCCGGACAAAGCUUUCACGGAAACCAUGAUGUCGCUUCUGUUCUGUCACCUCGUUCAGAGAGCGGCGGCCUUGGAGUGAGCAUGGUAGAAUAUGUGUUGAGUUCCUCCCCCGCUGAUAAACUUGAUCCACGAUUCAGAAAAGGAGUCUUUAGUGUCCGAGACUGCGAAUUAGAUGGACCAGAGAAAGGCGAACAGAAAGGUAAAGCAUCUCCUUUUGAAGAGGAAAAGAAACGUGAUCUGAUCUCUGCUGACCCCGAUGACGUCUCCAAAUUAAACGGCAGGGGACUUCCGAACGGCAUCGAUACGGAUUGCAAAGAUUUUAAUCGGACUCCAGGAAGCCGGCAGGCUUCACCCACAGAAAUUAUAGAACGUAUUGGCCCAAACUCUAGCUCUGCUGAAGUUCUUGGGCAACACCAGAACCACAUGAAUAACAAACCCUUAUCAGAUGAGUUCCCUAGUACUGAAAGCCAGAAUUUGGAUGGCAUGGAACAGGUUGGCCUUGACUCAUUACAGUUUGACUAUCCUGGUAAUCAGAUACAAAUGGACUCGGCGGGAGCAGGUGUCAGCUUAUUUGACUACAAUACUCAACAGCAGCUAUUUCAGCGGCAAAACACAUUGACUGUUCAGCAGCUAACAGCGGCUCAGCAGCAGCAACAGCAGUUUACCCUGGCAGCAGCUCAGCAACAGCAUUUAACUGGCAUGUUUUCCGCAGGCCUGGCACCAGCUGCUUUUGUGCCAAACCCCUACAUCAUCAGUGCAGGUCACCCAGGCGCAGACCCGUACACAGCAGCCGGUUUAGCAGCUGCUGCCACCCUAGCAGGCCCUGCAGUUGUCCCUCCACAAUAUUAUGGCGUUCCUUGGGGAGUGUACCCAGCUGGCUUAUUUCAGCAACAGGCAGCUGCCGCAGCCACAGCGGCAAGCAGCAACAACCAGCAAGCAGCGACACAAGCAACGCAAGGACAGCAGCAGGUUAUGAGGGCCACAUCCAGUCAGCGCCCACUUACUCCUAAUCAGGGACAACAAGGACAGCAGCCAGAAUCACUUGCAGCAGCUGCAGCAAACCAAGCUCAGAUAUUUGGACAGGGUCUUGCUACCAGCAUGCCAGGCUACCAGGUUCUCACUCCCACUGCCUACUAUGAUCAGACUGGUGCCUUGGUGGUUGGUCCCGGGGCCAGAGCUGGGCUUGCUGCACAAGUACGUUUAGUGGCUUCAGGUCCUGUUCUAAUCAGUCCCGCUGCUGCUCAAGCCGCUGCAGCAGCUUCGGCGACUGGUGCCAAUAGCCUUACUGGACCCACAAACAGUAUCUUCAGACCCUUGGGUCCUCAGCAGCAGCAGCAACAGCAGCCUCAGCAGCAGCAGCCCAAUGCAAACCUCCACUCCAGCUCUUUCUACGGAAACAGCGCCAUGACCAACAACUCUCAGAGCAGCUCUCUGUUUUCUCAUGGACCUGGGCAGCCAGGAAACACGUCCCUUGGAUUUGGAAGCAGCAAUUCUCUGGGGUCAGCCAUUGGAUCUGCUUUUGGGGGAUUUGGGUCAUCAGUUGGCAAUUCCGCAGGUAGUAGUGGCUCAAGGAGAGAUUCCCUGUCUGCUAGCUCUGACUUGUACAAAAGGUCUAGCAGCAGCCUAGCACCCAUAGGGCAGCCAUUUUACAAUAGCCUGGGAUUCUCCUCUUCUCCGAGUCCAAUAGGCAUGCCUCUGCCAAGCCAAACGUCAGGACAUUCACUAACGCCACCGCCAUCCCUUUCAUCACAUGGAUCCUCAUCCAGUUUGCAUUUAGGGGGACUGACAAAUGGCAGCGGCCGUUACAUCUCUGCAGCGCCAGGGGCAGAGGCAAAGUAUCGGAGUGCUGCCAGCACCUCCAGUUUCUUCAGUUCCAACAGCCAGCUUUUCCCCCCAUCCCGCCUGCGGUACAACAGAGCUGACAUUAUGCCGUCUGGGCGCAGCAGGUUGCUGGAGGACUUCAGGAACAACCGUUUUCCAAACCUGCAGCUCAGAGACCUGAUGGGGCACAUAGUGGAGUUCUCUCAAGACCAACAUGGAUCUAGGUUUAUCCAGCAGAAACUGGAGCGUGCCAGCCCGGCAGAACGGCAGCUGGUGUUCAGUGAGAUCCUACAAGCUGCCUAUCAGUUGAUGACUGACGUAUUUGGAAAUUAUGUGAUUCAAAAAUUCUUUGAGUUUGGGAGCAUGGACCAGAAACUUGCCUUGGCAACACGGAUUCGUGGCCACGUUCUACCUCUGGCUUUGCAAAUGUAUGGCUGCCGUGUCAUUCAGAAGGCCCUCGAAUCCAUAUCAAUUGACCAGCAGAGUGAAAUGGUGAGAGAGCUGGAUGGCCAUGUGCUGAAAUGUGUGAAGGAUCAGAACGGAAACCACGUGGUACAAAAGUGCAUUGAGUGCGUUCAGCCGCAGUCGCUUCAGUUCAUCAUUGACGCGUUCAAGGGUCAGGUGUAUGUGCUCUCCACCCAUCCUUAUGGCUGCAGGGUGAUACAGCGCAUUCUGGAACACUGCACCCCAGAGCAAACCCUGCCCAUUCUGGAAGAGCUGCACCAGAGUACAGAACAGUUAGUGCAGGAUCAGUACGGUAAUUAUGUGAUCCAGCAUGUGCUCGAGCACGGCCGCUCUGACGACAAGAGCAAAAUCGUGUCCGAAGUGAGAGGGAAAGUACUGGCUUUGAGUCAGCACAAAUUCGCUAGCAACGUUGUUGAGAAAUGCGUGACACACUCCUCCCGCACAGAGCGAGCGCUGCUGAUUGAUGAGAUCUGCUGCCAGAAUGAUGGUCCUCACUGUGCCUUAUACACUAUGAUGAAGGACCAGUAUGCCAACUAUGUGGUACAGAAGAUGAUCGACAUGGCCGAGCCUGCCCAGCGCAAGAUCAUCAUGCAUAAGAUCCGUCCGCACAUAACAACCUUGCGCAAAUACACCUACGGGAAACACAUUCUGGCCAAGCUGGAGAAGUAUUACAUGAAGAACACCCCUGACCUUGGUCCUCUAGUCGGGCCGCCCAACGGAAUGCUGUAGGGAGAGGAAAAAAAAUGUCGUUGUUUGAGGUCUCCAGGACGUAUUUGGUGAAAAAUACCACAAAAUUCAGCACCAAUCAUUUCUGCUUUAUUUUCCCCGAGUGUUCUAGCGAGAAAAGGUUCUAUUUAUUGAUCCAUUUGUUUCUGGCUUUAUCGCCUUCCUAAGGCUCCCAAGUGCAAGGCCCACCCGACUGCCCGGCCAGUUUAACCCACAAAAGCCUGUAAAUGAUGUAAUUGUACCUGUCACAUAUUUUGUAAAUUUUUACCUUGUAAAGUUGCUGUAAAAAGUGGUAGUUUUUAAAGGGAACUUACAGUAUUUUAAUAGACUGCCCCGGCCAGUUGGGUUUGUCUUGCAUGUGUGGAACAGGGCCAGAUGUUCAAGUGUAAAUAUAUUGAAGUCCCACCCACCCUGCUCCUUUAAAAACAAAAACCCAUUCUUCCACAAUUCAGAGAUAAAUUUAAAAAUAAACUCUCUUGGGGGGCAGGAACUAAUCCCAGGAACUGACAUUCUGUACAAUUAAUCACUGUAUCAGCACAGACGUUAGAGGAAAUACCCCAUACCUGUGUGCAUGGAGUAACUUUCCUUUUAAGGGCAAAUAAAAUGAAGGUGCCAAGGUGACCCUAAAGGUGGCCAUACACAGGACGAUUUUAGCUGCCGAUAUCUGCCCUUUAGACUGAUUGGGCAGCUUAUCUUCUCAUGUAUGGACGCGAAUGACUGGGCCUCCCUGACCGACAUCUUGCCUGAAAUCGUCCAGAUCUCGGUCGGGCAGGUUGGAUUUUCCCAUAGGGUCAGGUACUGCAUUGGCUCGUUUGUGGUCCCCGAACAGACAGUGCCUAUACCAGCCAUUUUAAUUAGAUUAGCUUGAUAUUGCCCACCAGUAGGUGGGCAUAUCCAGAGAAGCUUAAGUUGAGUAAAUUCCCUUCCUUCCCAGGCCACUGGUCCAGGGGUUCUUCUCCACCAUGUUUGGGCCCAGUAGGUGCAGAGGGGCAGACGUGCCUGGGGACAGAGUAGAAGAUGACAGCUACAUGCUCAGCCCCCAAAAGCCGGUACUAUUAUGCCUUUAAAUUAUGAAGGCACAGAUACUUAUAGGCACAGUCUCUGGUUAUCUGCAUGUAUUGCCCUGGUUCUCGUCAGCAAACAAAAUGGCAGAUAAUCCAUGUACCACUGCCUGCUGCCGGCUCAUACUACAUGGGGCAGGUUCUUGGCCUGUUAAUAAAUGCAGGCAGAGAGUUCGCCCCUAUGCUCCAAGAAGCUUAUUCAUGUGCCUGCAUCAGAAGCCAUUGCAUCACCCUGGUAUGGGCACACACAGCAGAUUUCGGUGUGGAACUGCAUAUGUGAGUGUGCAUGAACCUGUCCCAACACACUGACUCUUGGUACAAACACACCAAUAAGCUUUUUGGAUCGUAAGGGUGGAUUUUUGGGCUGUGUUUAUGAACAGGCCGAGUAUGUGUCCCCUUUGUGGCAGUCGCCUUACUCUCAAACGAAGGAAACUGGAAGGGACUAAUCUGGGCUUAUAAAUAUCAUGUAUUUUCUCUAUAACAGAACCCCCCAAUGGCCCCACUAAUCUUGCCUAAACCCACCCUGCCCCCUUACCUAUACAGAGAUAAAUGCACCUUUUGUGCUUCCCACUUGCUCCAUUAAAUCAUGGUUAAUCCCACUGUUCUAGUAGCUUUUGGGUUGCGUGGCUGAGAGAGCCACAAAUUGCUGCUACGACCACUUAGCGUUAAACACUGGAGUCCAAAAGCAGCCCCCCCCUCCUCCAUGAAUUCCUCCAGCACAUACAUAGACCCCGGGGAGCUCUUCCCCAGACCUCAUAUAUAGUAUUGUAUAAUCUCAUUUGUUUUAUUGCCCCUUAACCCUUUGUGUUCUACUCAUAGAAACGUGUGAUACUUUUAUUUCUUUGUUUUGCUUUUUGCUGUCUCAUAUUUAGCCGAAAGCCGUAGCUUAUAGAGGUAAAGAGCCGACGGACGUGUAAGCAUGGUAACUGCCCCCCAAUCCCGGUAGGAGUUGUUUGUAUUAUUUCCCCCCCAUAUAAAUAGAAUGCUUUGUAUUAUUGUAUACGUGGAAUUAAACCCAAUUAGAUGUAAGUUUACAGUUUUUGGAAGGCGACUUCUCGUUUCGCUGUUUAUUACGGCCUUUGGCUUCUUUUGUAGUGGCGACGCUGUUGUACAGAUGUACAUUUGUAAACCUUUAUGCUGUAAAUGUCAUUUAUUUUACCUCUUCCUUUUUCGGGGGCGCGGGGGGGGAGGGCAAAACUUGCAUUUUUAGUGUACAUUUUGGGUCUCUAUUGCCUUGGCAAAUAGUAUUGUACAAUGUAAAUUUCUUUCUCUGAAUCAAGAUUUUUUUUUUUUAAACCAGUCUUUAUGUAGCUUAAAUAUAUAUAUAUAUAUGUCUAUAUGUAUACACGACUUUCUAUUUAUCUACUGCUGGAAAUCUUCAUGUUUUUACCACCACGGGGCUGUCCGACUCGCGGCUCUGCCUUUGUUAUUGCACUAAACCCCCCCCCACGUCCCACCCACCACAGUUGACGGCUUACGGGCGAUGCCGGGAGUUGUGGCGCAACAACGUAUGUGGGAAGGCCGCAGUUGGCUCAUCCCCGGUCUAAAAUUAUUACGAGAAUUCAGCGCAGUACACUUUUGCAUAGGACGUUUCCGUAGGCAAAAUAUAUAUGUAUAAAAAAAAAAGUGAAAAUGCUAUUGUUUUCUUUGUAUAGAAAAGUACUGUAUUUGUAAUUAGCCCCCCCGCCGCCCAGCCGGAUAUGUAAGAUACCCCCCCGCCUACAGCAGUUCAUGUGUCAAUAACCUGCAGAUUAUGUACAUUUUACAAAGCGGCCUUAUGUACAUUUCCCAGUGAUCUUUUUAAAGGCAGAAUGGUGACCACACAUGUAUAAUUAUUAAAAAUACUUUUUAAUCCUUUCA